AUGACCGCGGAAAGCACCAACAAGGCCUCAGAGGCCAAGGACUCCUCUGCAACAGCAGCCAAGGCGACAGGAACUGCUGCAGCAGCCACAGUGGACCCAAAAGAGAAGUACUUGCAGCUACUCACCUCCUCUCUUGUCCUGGUCAGAGAUGCCGUUGAGACACAGGACCAGCGUUACAUGCUGCGCAUGCUGCGGCGUUUCAAGCAGCUGCGGCUGCAGCAACAAGAGCACCCACGGCAGCUUCUGCAGGUUUGCUCGCUGCUGUUCUGGGGGCAGCAGCACCAACUGCAGGGCGACGCCAGUAGCAACAGCAUCGCCUAUGGGAACCCAAUCCACCUGAACCAGAAAACUCUGGAGUUCUGGCAGAAGCUGAGGGAAACACUGGAAAUGAUUGUCAACGAAAGGCAGGGCGAGGGAGAAAUGGAGGCUGACGGGGUUCCACAGCAGCAGCAGCAGCCCAAGGAGGAAAGCGGUGCUGCAGCAGAAAAUGCAGGAGCAGCAGCAACAGGACUGCGAUCAGCAGCAGCGACGGGAAGCAAGGUGCUGCAUUCCUUCCGCGUGUCUUCUUUCGUCAGCUGUAUGCCGGAGGCGGAGGUUUUGCUUUCAACUCUCGUGCUGCUGCUGCUGCUGGACCCGCGUCCGCGUCAGCCGCAGACGCAGCAGCAGCAGCAGUGGGAGAAAGCAUGGGAAUUCAGCUGCUGCAUCAUUGAGAGGGUCAAGCAAUACGACAGGCGAUCUCUAGACAGACUUUCCGCAAAGGCGUGGUUCUACCACAGCAGGGCACUGGAGCUUUCCAAACAAAACUACGACUGCCGCGCGGAGUAUUUGGCGGCUUACCGCGCUGCAAGCGCAAGGCGGGACAUUACUACGCAAGCGACUUUGCUGAACAUGCUGCUUAGGCUGUUUGUCUUAAGCAAACAGUACGACGUGGCGCUCAAACUGGUCCAAAAGACAGCAUUCCCUGAGGGCCUCCAGUCAAACGCGCAGCAUGCGCGUUACCUGUACUAUCUGGGCCAAAUCCAGGCAGCCCGUUUGGAGUAUGGUUCGGCUUUCUCUCAGCUUCAGUUGGCGCUGCGCAAGGCCCCACAGCAGCCGACCAUUGCACGCGGAUUCAGGCUAGCGGCUCUCAAGAAGUGCAUCGUCGUUGAGCUGCUCAUGGGGGAUAUCCCGGAACGUUCCCUCUUUAACAAACAAAACAUGCAUGCGGAGCUUGUGCCGUACAGAGAAAUAGUCCUGGCUGUUCGGAGCGGUGACUUGCAUGCCUUUGCUUCAGUCCUGCAGCAGCACGAGCAGCGGUUUAGGCUUGACGAUACUUACACUCUGCUGUGCCGACUGCACCAGAAUGUCAUAAGGGCUGGUCUCCGUAUCAUUUCUCUUUCGUAUUCCAGAAUUUACCUGAAAGACAUAGCCAAGAAGCUAGGACUGGACUCUGCAAAAGAGGCUGAGGCAGUGGCGGGAAAGGCUAUUCUGGACAGAGUCAUCGACGCCACCAUCGAUCAUGACAAACAGUUCCUUCAGUCGAAGGCUAGUGUGGACCUCUACGCGUCAAACGAGCCGCAGAAAGCUUUCCACCGCCGCAUCGCCUUCUGCCUCGAUCUGUACAAUGAUGCAGUGAAGGCGAUGCAGUACCCUGGCAGCACUGAGCGGCAGCAGACUGCAGAAGAUGAUGAAAGGAAGAGGGCAAUGCAGGAGGAACGAGCUCGCGCGGAGGAUGAAGAUCUUGGAGAUGAUAUGGAUAUGAUUUGA